AACAAACAAAAUUCAUAUUCCAAUUUUUCAGAGAUACUUGAUUAUUGGUCUUCUUCUUCAAUCCUUAACAAUGAAUGGAUCCGACAAUAUCACUCCUUCCGGACCACGUUUGAUGACUCAACCUUCGCCUGCCUCCUCCUUGCCCCCGUUGAGCCCUUCUUCGUCAUCAUUCCGUCGCAAUUCAUUACCAUCGAUGAUCAUUUCUCCGUCAGCUCCUGUGGAGAAUAGAGACUCUUCCAUUAGGGUUAAGAAAAACCCUUCAUUGCUUCCUUUGGAUGUGAAGAGAAGAGCAGAGAAAGACAUUGAACCUUUAAGGAGACACAAUAGGAGUGUUUCAAUGGAUAGUUUUUUCAAUGACUUACUGAAGUUGACUCCUUCUCAGGGUAACGUUUCCUCUUCAAGUUUGGUUGAUGGAGACGAGAAUGCUUCCGGCCUCGAGUUUGGUAGCAGUGAUUAUACUGAUGCUGAAUUGAAUAUGAUUGCGGAGAGUAACAAACUUAAAAAGAUAGCAUCUGAUCCUAUGAGAGUCAGAAGAAUCUUGGCGAACCGAGUAUCAAUUGAACUUUCAAAGCAGAGGCAGAGACAGUAUGUUAUUGACUUGGAACAGAACAUAAAAUUUCUUGAGAACGAAAAUGCAUCAGUGUCUGAAAAGAUCAAGCUUUUGGAGAAUGAUAAAACAAUGAUGAUGAAUGAGAAGAAGGAAAUCACUAUUCGAAUUGAAUCGUUGGAGCAACAGGCGCAACUUCGUGAUGGUACAUCAUCUUAAUUUCUAUCGAUACUUCAGUGAGUUCUUUGUUGUGCAAUUUAUAGUAAUUGCAUGAAUUUUGAUUGUUUAAGGUUGUUACUCUGGUAAUUGCAUGAAUUUUGUUUAUGACACCGCCUAUAAAGUAAUAUCUAAUUG